AUGGCGCAACACGGUUUCCAGAUGAACGGUCCUGGAGGGAUCGACCCGAACGAUCUUGCUAUGUCUGGUAGCAUGCAGUCACCAUUCUCGAACAAUUUCCCCGGGGCUGCCCCAGCAACCUUCUCAACUGGCUCUGCUGUGUUUGGAGACGAUGAGCUCUUGGAGGGUCUCACCAGCCCAAUCGAGCCGCAGGGCGGUAUGCAAAACCAGGCGCAGGACUUCGGCAUGAACGACAUCGGCAUGAGCUUCUCGCAUGGCGUAUACAGCUCUCACCACGGCUUGCCGAUCGAUGCCGGCAACAAUUUUUCGAGCACUCCAGAUGGGGACCCGAUCCAGAGUCCCUUCGUUCACAACCUAAACCAGUACCGGGGCAUUCAGCAUGCGCAAGCCUUCGGCAGCUCACUGCAAUCACCUCUUUCCUACACAGGAUCUCCUCUAGCAAAGUCCGAUUUGAAUGACGACCCGAAUUUCCUCAGCGCGAAGGCACGCUCGGCAAGAAUUCCUCCGGCAAUGCAACGCAACCCAUCGAACCCCGCACAGAAGACCGGCUCCGUGCCGGGUAUGCCGAUUGGCACGCAGUCGUUUGGCGCACAACCCAUUAGGACAGCGGGCGUGCAUCACGAGAAGACGCACUCGGGGCAGUGGAUCCAGACACCUAACAGCAUCUCUUCAUUCCCGGGUUCAGGUUUCUCGUCGCCGAUGCAGCCUGGUCUGCAAAGCGCCCAGAUCAACGACAUUAUCCUGAAGGGUGGUGCCUCGAUGCCGGCUAAACUUGGUGCAACUGGCCCGGCAGCAGCGGCCGCUGCCGCUGCCGCUGCCGCUGCCGCAGCUUCUCAGGAGGCUCGGAGAAAGCGCAGGCGUGAAUCUCACAACCUUGUCGAGCGUCGCCGGCGAGACAACAUCAACGAACGCAUUCAGGAUCUAAGCAAACUGGUGCCCUUGCACCGUUUAGAGGAUGAAAAAAUCCGAAAGGCCAUCCAGAACGGUACCCCGUUGUCGCCAUCGCUGACUGGGACUUCGGCUACCUCGGGUCUUGCUGGGCCUGGUGCUCGCAGGGCGACUGGCAGCGUUGGUAAUAUUACCACGGGUCUACCAAUUGAGGAGAAGGACAAGGGCCCUAACAAAGGCGAUAUCCUCAACGGUGCCGUAAGCUGGAUGCGCGAUCUGAUGUGGAUGUGCCAUCUCAAGAUCCAGCAACAGGAGGAACUGAUCAACGCGCUGCUAGAGCGUGGCGGCACUUUGCCCUUUGAGAUCACUGAUGACGAGCGUCGGAUGCAGACUGAACUGAUGGAGGCCAUGGCUCGCAUCGAUGAGGCAACAGGAAAGCCGCGAACAUUCUCAUACUCGCGCACAGCGGGGUCUGGUCUCCGGGUGCCCCACCAUACAGACUACCGUGGCGAGCCGCUUAACGGCAACGGCAACAGCAACAACAACUCGACGGCACAGUCUUCGGUUAGCCCAGCCGGUAACAACAAUGGGCAAGGCGACUUGAAUAACAGCAAUAGCAUGAAUGACCUUGCCGAUCACGAGUUUGUGGACUUUGACGAAGAUGACGCCAACGGGGAGAUGACGUUCAAGGAGGAGGACGAGUACAUGGAUCUGACAACGUAG